AUGGCAUCAGGCAUCGUCGGCGUGCCCCUUCCCAACCAUAACGACCGAUUCGCUACUUUUGUCGGUUACUGGGACAACAAUGAGGCGACAGCAAGACAGCUUGCGGCAAUUGGACACGUAUACGAUCGACCGCCACUGGAGGCGAUAGAUGAAGGAUCGAGAUGCUGUUUAUGCAGCGCGUUCGUCCCGCGUGAAGUGAGCAUCCAAGUUCUUGAGGGCCCGCUCAGCGACAGCAGUGAAGGAUGCAAUUUUCAUUCACCGCGAUGUGAUCGGCUACAAGUCCGGAUUCCGUUGGACUCGCAUAUGGCAUCUACAGACCAAUAUGGCGGCAGGACUAUCAGCACGAUGCGGAAUCGUUUCGAAAGUAAUGAUAGAGCUCGCGCAGAUCAGCCCAGGCCCAGACAUACAGGCACAACGAAUCCUGAAACGAAUUUCUUCUCUCUCCCAGUCGAAUUGAGGCUGGAGAUUUACAGUAUCGUUCUGCCUCCCUUGCCUCAAACAACGUCGAUUGUACCUCUCAACCGAGACUCAAACCGUGUGGUGACCUCUGCAGUUGCAAACAAAGUGGGCCGCCGCGAUUACACCCAAAUCAACCUGCUCGCAACUUGCAAAAUUGUCCAUCGAGAAGCAUUAGGCUUCCUGUUCCACAAGCGAGCCUUUCGGUUUCAGCACUUAUCCUCUAAUAACUUCAACUCAACAUCGUCCAAGACGCUCUACCUGUUCUUACGUCAUAUCGGCGCCCAAGGCCGGGCUGAACUGGAAUGUGUCGACAUUCAGUUAGGAGGCCGAGAGGAUGCCAUCGCCUUUGCCCUUCUCGCGAGCUGCCGUAAUUUGAAAUCAAUCACCAUCCGUCAUUCGAAGCCGCAUCUCAUUGCUGUGCCCACGCCGCCAGUCUGGCUCGUCGAAGGAAUCGCCAGUUUCUUGUCCCUUCGUGGUCUACGUAAUGUCAACUUCGCCAAUCCAGAGCAGGAUGAAUGCCGAUGGCUUCGUGCUUCGGAUCAAGACGCAGUCGUGAUUACACGUGAGCUGAGUAAGAACAGGGGAGAACCGAGCAGCGUUCGGUUUGUGGAUGGUCGAUGGCUGGAUCUUUGA